AUGGCUGCCAAUGCCCCCAUCACCAUGAAGGAGGCCUUAACGUUGGGAAGCGUUGGAAUCAAUCCACAAUUCAUCACGUUCACUCACGUGACGAUGGAAUCUGAGAAGUUUAUAUGUGUUAGGGAAACUGGUCCUUCCAAUAGUGUUGUUAUGAUUGAUAUGAAUAUGCCAAUGCAGCCUUUGAGACGACCGAUCACUGCUGAUUCUGCUCUAAUGAACCCUAAUACCAGAAUUCUCGCUCUUAAAGCUCAAGUUCCUGGAACUACUCAGGACCAUUUGCAAGUAUUUAAUAUUGAAACGAAAACAAAGAUGAAAUCAUAUCAAAUGACCCAGCAGGUUGUGUUUUGGAAGUGGAUAACUGCAAAGAUGUUAGGCAUAGUCACUCAGACAUCUGUGUAUCAUUGGUCAAUUGAAGGCGAUGGUGAGCCAGUGAAGGUGUUUGACCGAACAGCUAAUCUGGCAAAUAACCAAAUCAUCAAUUAUCGUUGUGAUCCUAGUGAGAAGUGGCUGGUUUUGAUUGGAAUUGCUCCUGGUUCUCCUGAGAGACCACAACUUGUAAAAGGAAACAUGCAACUCUUUGCAGUGGAUCAACAACGGAGUCAGGCUCUUGAAGCACAUGCUGCCUCAUUUGCCUCGUUCAGAGUUACUGGAAAUGAUAAGGAUUCAAUUCUUAUUUGUUUUGCAUCCAAGACCAUUAAUGCUGGACAGGUUACAUCAAAGAUGCAUGUCAUUGAACUUGGUGCCCAGCCAGGCAAGCCAUCAUUUAGUAAAAAACAAGCAGAUCUGUUCUUUCCUCCAGACUUUGCUGAUGACUUUCCUGUAUCAAUGCAGAUUUCAAAUAAAUAUGGUUUGAUAUAUGUUAUCACAAAACUUGGUCUUUUAUUUGUCUAUGAUAUGGAGACUGCCACCGCAGUUUACAGAAAUCGAAUCAGUCCCGAUCCUAUAUUUUUGACCUCAGAAGCAUCAUCGGAAGGGGGAUUUUAUGCCAUAAAUAGACGUGGCCAAGUAUUGCUAGCUACUGUGAAUGAGGCAACCAUUGUACCUUUUGUUAGUGGCCAGUUAAACAAUUUGGAGCUUGCUGUUAAUCUUGCUAAAAGAGGAAACCUCCCCGGUGCAGAAGAAUUGGUUGUUCAGCGUUUUCAAGAGUUAUUUGCUCAGACCAAGUAUAAGGAAGCUGCAGAGCUUGCUGCAGAAUCACCACGAGGAAUACUUCGAACUCCUGAUACAGUUGCUAAAUUUCAGAGUGUACCUGUGCAAGCGGGACAAACACCACCACUGUUGCAAUACUUUGGAACUCUGUUAACCAGGGGUAAACUGAAUGCUUUUGAGUCGUUGGAACUAUCACGACUUGUCGUAAAUCAGAACAAAAAGAACUUGUUAGAAAAUUGGCUAGCAGAGGACAAAUUGGAAUGCAGCGAGGAGCUUGGUGACCUUGUGAAGACAGUUGAUAAUGACCUUGCACUGAAAAUCUAUAUUAAAGCUAGAGCUACACCGAAAGUUGUGGCAGCUUUUGCAGAGAGGAGGGAGUUUGAUAAGAUCCUGAUUUAUUCCAAGCAGGUUGGAUAUACACCUGAUUACAUGUUCCUUCUGCAAACAAUUUUACGGACAGACCCGCAGGGUGCUGUAAAUUUUGCUCUCAUGAUGUCUCAAAUGGAAGGAGGUUGCCCUGUGGACUACAACACAAUAACUGAUCUCUUUCUUCAGAGGAAUUUGAUCCGCGAGGCAACAGCAUUUUUGUUGGAUGUGCUGAAGCCAAACCUACCUGAACAUGGAUAUCUUCAAACAAAGGUUCUGGAGAUUAAUCUUGUGACGUUUCCAAAUGUUGCUGAUGCUAUAUUGGCCAAUGGCAUGUUCAGUCAUUAUGAUCGCCCACGAAUUGGACAACUCUGUGAAAAGGCUGGCCUUUUCAUACGUGCUCUUCAGCAUUAUGGCGAGUUGCCAGAUAUCAAACGUGUCAUUGUGAAUACACAUGCCAUUGAGCCUCAGUCUUUAGUUGAGUUCUUUGGAACCCUUUCUCGAGAAUGGGCACUUGAGUGUAUGAAAGAUCUUUUACUGGUGAAUCUUAGGGGGAAUCUUCAGAUAAUUGUUCAGACUGCUAAGGAAUAUUCUGAGCAGCUGGGAGCUGAUGCAUGCAUUAAACUCUUUGAGCAAUUUAAAUCCUAUGAAGGACUAUAUUUUUUCUUGGGUUCAUACUUGAGCUCCAGUGAGGAUCCUGAGAUUCACUUCAAGUACAUUGAAGCUGCUGCUAAAACUGGACAAAUUAAGGAGGUAGAGCGUGUGACUAGGGAAUCAAACUUCUAUGAUGCCGAGAAGACCAAAAAUUUUCUAAUGGAGGCUAAACUUCCUGAUGCACGCCCAUUGAUUAAUGUGUGUGAUCGUUUUGGUUUUGUUCCCGAUCUCACACAUUAUCUUUAUACCAACAAUAUGCUUCGCUAUAUUGAAGGUUAUGUUCAAAAGGUCAAUCCUGGAAAUGCUCCUCUAGUUGUUGGACAGUUGUUAGAUGAUGAAUGCCCCGAAGAUUUCAUUAAAGGUCUCAUACUUUCAGUUCGUUCUCUUCUGCCAGUUGAGCCUUUAGUUGAAGAGUGUGAGAAGAGGAAUCGUCUCCGCUUGCUGACUCAGUUCUUGGAGCAUCUUGUGAGUGAAGGAAGCCAGGAUGUACAUGUGCAUAAUGCCUUGGGUAAAAUCAUCAUCGACAGCAACAACAAUCCUGAGCAUUUUCUCACAACCAACCCUUAUUAUGAUUCUCGUGUUGUUGGUAAAUAUUGUGAGAAGCGAGAUCCUACUCUUGCUGUUGUUGCUUACCGAAGAGGUCAAUGCGAUGAUGAGCUUGUUAAUGUUACUAAUAAAAAUUCCCUGUUCAAACUCCAAGCAAGAUAUGUUGUGGAAAGGAUGGAUGCUGACCUCUGGGAGAAAGUUCUUGAUCCUGAGAAUGAAUUCAGAAGACAGUUGAUUGAUCAAGUGGUGUCCACUGCUUUGCCUGAAAGCAAGAGUCCCGAACAAGUUUCAGCUGCAGUGAAAGCUUUUAUGACUGCUGAUCUUCCUCAUGAGUUAAUCGAGCUUCUUGAAAAGAUUGUGCUACAAAAUUCUGCUUUUAACGGAAACUUUAAUCUGCAAAAUUUACUGAUCCUCACUGCAAUAAAGGCAGAUCCUUCAAGAGUUAUGGACUACAUAAAUAGGUUGGAUAACUUUGAUGGACCUGCCGUUGGGGAGGUGGCAGUGGAAGCACAAUUAUAUGAAGAAGCAUUUAUUAUUUUCAAGAAAUUUAAUUUGAAUGUUCAGGCUGUUAAUGUUCUGCUAGAUAACCUUAAGACCAUUGAUCGUGCUGUGGAAUUUGCUUUCCGGGUUGAAGAAGAUGCUGUUUGGAGCCAGGUGGCAAAGACACAACUGAGAGAAGGAUUAGUAAGUGAUGCAAUUGAGUCGUUCAUUCGUGCAGAUGAUUCAACUCAUUUCUUAGAGGUUAUAAAGGCUGCUGAAGAUGGAGAGGCAUACCAUGAUCUGGUAAAAUACCUUCUCAUGGUUAGGCAGAAGACCAAAGAGCCCAAGGUGGACAGUGAGCUCAUUUAUGCCUAUGCAAAGAUUGAUCGUCUUGGUGAAAUUGAAGAGUUUAUACUGAUGCCAAACGUUGCCAAUUUACCAGUUGUUGGAGACCGCUUGUAUGAUGAAGCUCUAUAUGAGGCUGCAAAAAUUAUAUUUGCUUUUAUCUCUAACUGGGCUAAGUUAGCAGUAACAUUGGUUAAGCUUCAACAGUUUCAGGGCGCUGUUGAUGCUGCCAGGAAAGCAAACAGUUCAAAAACUUGGAAGGAAGUUUGUUUCGCCUGUGUUGAUGCUGAGGAAUUCCGCUUAGCUCAGAUUUGUGGUCUCAAUGUCAUCAUCCAGGUGGAUGAUUUGGAAGAGGUUAGUGAGUUUUACCAGAACAGAGGAUGCUUCAAUGAACUCAUUUCUCUGAUGGAGAGUGGGCUAGGAUUGGAGCGAGCACACAUGGGAAUCUUUACUGAAUUGGGCGUUCUUUACGCAAGAUAUCGCUUUGAGAAGCUAAUGGAACACAUUAAGUUGUUCUCAAGCCGGCUUAAUAUUCCAAAGGUUAUUCGAGCAUGUGAUGAACAGCAGCACUGGAAAGAACUUACAUACUUGUACAUCCAAUAUGAUGAGUAUGAUAAUGCUGCAACUACUGUAAUGAAUCACUCUCCCGAAGCAUGGGACCACAUGCAAUUCAAAGAUAUUAUAGUUAAAGUUGCAAGUGUGGAACUCUACUAUAAAGCUGUUCACUUCUACUUGCAAGAACAUCCUGAAGUAGUAAACGAUCUUCUAAAUGUGAUUGCUCUUCGUGUGGACCAUACUCGUGUAGUUGACAUAAUGCGGAAGGCUGGCCACCUCAAAUUGAUCAAGCCUUACAUGAUUGCCGUCCAAAGCAAUAAUGUAUCUGCUGUCAAUGAAGCUCUAAAUGAAAUUUAUGUUGAGGAAGAGGACUAUGACAGACUUCGAGAAUCAAUAGACCUGCAUGACAACUUUGAUCAAAUAGGUCUUGCACAGAAGAUUGAGAAGCACGAACUUCUUGAAAUGAGGCGUGUUGCUGCAUACAUCUAUAAGAAAGCUGGAAGAUGGAAGCAAUCCAUUGCUUUGUCAAAGAAAGACAAUCUUUACAAGGACUGUAUGGAAACUUGCUCUCAAUCUGGUGACCGUGAACUCUCAGAGGAUUUGCUUGUCUACUUUAUUGAGAAGGGGAAGAAAGAGUGUUUUGCAUCAUGUCUCUUUGUCUGCUAUGAUAUUAUCCGGCCAGAUGUUGCUCUUGAAUUGGCUUGGAUGAAUAACAUGAUUGAUUUUUGUUUCCCAUAUCUCUUACAAUUUAUCCGAGAGUAUACAGGCAAGGUAGAUGAGCUUAUCAAGGAUAGAAUUGAAGCACAAAAUGAGGAGAAAGCUAAGGAGAAGGAAGAGAAGAAUGUAAUUGCUCAACAGAAUAUGUAUGCCCAGUUGCUACCACUUGCUUUGCCAGCACCACCGAUGCCAGGUAUGGGAGGAGGAGGAGGGUAUGCCCCUCCCCCACCACAACCGCCCAUGGGUGGAAUGGGGAUGCCACCGAUGCCUCCUUAUGGCUUGCCUCCAAUGGGCUACUGA